AUGCAUCGGCGAACGCUUCCGCUGCUGCUGUUUAGCAAGCCCAUUACACAAGGGUACGUGGCGCAACUCCCACAGCCGACCCCAACACGCCGUCGCACAUCGUGGCGCCGCGCUUUCGAUGCAAACGAUGAGGUGCGCCAAAUGUACACCCCUGACGCUGAGCGGUAUGACGAGUGGUACAAAGCAACGUACGGUAUUGAAGACCCUAGCGAUGGAUGUGCCGCGUCCGGUGCAACGUCAAAUAGGCGACUCGAUGAUACGAAGAACAUGGAAUCAAAUGCUGACAUGGGUGAUCUUCGUGCGAUUGAAGAGGAGUUGGAGUUUUGCUCUCAGCAGUUCAACCACAAUACACUAGUGCGAUGA